AGGGCAUUGUGGGAGGUCAGCCAUCACUGUUGGCUGUAGUUUGUUGUGGUGCUGCUGGCUUCACUGUUUAUCUCCGGUUCUCUGCGGCUCAAUGGGGGGAAGAAACUGCUGCGUUAAGAACUGCCGCCGUCGGUCUCACGACCACCACGGCCGGAAGCUCCCCAACGGACUGACCUUCCACUGUUUCCCCGCCUGGAGGACCAACGAAGGCGGACAGAUAUCGGAGCUGACAAGGCGGCGGAGGGCGGCUUGGGUGGCCGCCGUGGGCCGGAGCGACAUCACCUUCGAUAGCAUCCCGUCCUCCAUGAGGGUUUGUUCUCGACACUUUUACUCCGGUAGACCAGCGUAUGAGAUGCUGGAGUCAGAUCCCGACUGGUGUCCGUCUCUAAACCUCGGUCACAACGAUGGAAACUUGAGACGGGCCGAGCGCGUCCUGCCGUCAGUGCAGGCAAAGAAGAAGCAGAAACUGAAAAUAACAUUAAAGAAGAGACCGGCAGUGGCUUUCACAGCUCCACAGACACAAUCAGAGGCCACAGAAGAUGAGUUCCCAUCACUACGCCUAGAUCAACAUGACGAAAACUCUGGACCAGCUAGCUGUCUACUGCUGUCAAUGAAGUCAAAGAAGAAGCCGAAAAAAAGGAAAAAGACAGAGACGAGACCAACGGAGAUGUCCACAAGUCCUCAGACACAAUCAGAAGCAGCAGAAGCUUGGGUUCCAUUUUUACACCUGGAUUACAUUGAAGGAAACUCACUGUCAAUGAAGUCAAAGAAGAAACAGAUUAAAAGAAAAAAGAUGGAGACGAGGCCAGCGGAGACAUCCACAACUCUUCAGACACAAUCGGAGGCAGCAGAAGAUUGGGUUCCAUCUUUACAACUGUAUUACGAUGAAGGAAACUUGCUGUCGGUGAAGUCAAAGAAGAAGCAGAUAAAAAGAAAAAAGAUGGAGACGAGACCGACUGAGAUGUCCACAACUCCUCAGACACAAUCAGAGGCAGCAGAAGAUUGGGUUCCAUCUUUGCACCUGGAAUACAAUGAAGGAAACUCACUGUCAAUGAAGUCAAAGGAGAAGCAGAUUAAAAGAGAAGAGAUGGAGACGUUAACAACUCUUCAGACACAAUCGGAGGCAGCAGAAGGUUUCAAGAAGCCGUCGGUUCCUCCCUGGAGAGAUGUCAAAUCUGUGCUGCAGUCGCUCAUCCAGAUCAACACCAACAUCAGUAAGAAGCCUGAAGACGAAACACUCGACCGUCCGGCUGCAGACAACACGGAGCUCAGCUUCAGGGACUUCUUCAGAAACACUCUGGAGGCGUCUCUGGAAGCUUCCAUCAGGUCCAGAGCUCAGUCCAAGGCGUCGUCCUGCAACUCCGAGCUCACGGUGGAGCUGAACCUUCAAGUUCCACCUCUGAGGGGAAAGUCAGAUGCCUCCUCUUCAUCACUUCCUGUUUCCUCCUCCUCUUCUUCAUCCUGUUUGAACUGUGACCGACUGCAGAGGAGGGUGGAGGAGCUGAAGGACAAGUUGUCUCAGUUUGCAGGAGAACAAGAAGACAUGAAGGCUUCAGCUGCUGGGAUCGAACCAGAGCAGAGCGCUGAGACGAUCUACGAGAUAGAAGAGGAAGUUCUUGAAUGGUCGGAGCCGCUCUCACCUGAUCAGGUGAUUCACUGUGACCAAAGCAAGGCGAGUCCGUCGUGUCGACCGCGUCCUCGCUUCAGGAAGGAGUGGCUCAGCAUGUUCUGGUUCCUCCGCUACUCGCCGAGGUUCGACCACAUGUGGUGCCACGUCUGCCGCCUCCACGCCUCCUCCUUGUACCACAAAAUGGCUCUGAUCAAAGGCUCCAGAGUGUUCAAGAUGGACACCAUCAAGAAGCACAGCAGCACCAAAUACCACAAGGAGAACCUGGAGCAAUACGUGAGGAGCGGAAACAGAAUGUCAUACCAAAUCCUCUUAUAGUUUCAUCAGGUUUCUGCUCGAUGUCCCUUUAGGAAGCAGGUAGAAGCUUCUGUAACAGCACGAUCUGGGGGAUAAAACUAGGGAUCGAUCGAUUGCUGGGGCUGAUAUUUGGCAUUUUUACAAUUAUCAGUGUUUCUUUUUAUGUGAUGCUUCAGAUCUGAUGCCUGUUGCCACUCUGUGGUCUCAGAAAUGUCUCUGAACAAGAAACAUAAUCCAGGGAAUUAGCUUCUCUCACAGUGGCUAACGGCUAUGCUAACGGCUAGCGGCUAAGUUAGGAGGCAGCCACAGAUUGACCUGAAACAGAGUCUGGAAAGCAGUAGUUAAUGCUUUAAGAUCUGAACCUUAGUGGACAAUUAAAGUGAUAAAACAGUGAAAUAUUAAGAAAAUGGAGAAGAACAGCAGAUGUGGUCUGAGAAAUAUCUGAACAAGAAACACAAAUCAGGAAAUAACAGCUAGCAGCUAAGUUAGAAGGCAGCCACAGAUUAACUAGAAGAAUCACUUUUAAUUCUAUUUUACAUAUUCAGUUGUAGUCACCCUUAUUAAUGUAGACGUUUAGUUCUGGAUGACAGGUUCUCUGCUAUCACAUGCUGUUAAAACAUCACAUUUAAUGUUUAUCGGCUCCAAAUAUCAGUUAUCGUCUUUGUCAAACUCCAAUAUUCAGCCCGAUAAACCCACAAAUAGGUCGAUCCCUAUGGAACACACUAGAUUCAAAGACUAAAACUGCCAAAAAAAGGGCUGCAGCUAAUCAUUAUUUUUAUUUUUGAUUGUUACAACAGACAACCACACUUUUUUACCUCAUAAACUUUGUGUUCAAACAGAGAAAAUUCAGUUUAUUCCAGCUGUUAAAGUGCUGUAGUUUCGCAGGAGGAUGUAGCUUUUGCUCAAAAUGAAUCUGCAUUAAACACAGAGUAAUUACUAAAACAUGUAUAUUGAUUAUUUUAGGAGAAUUAAACUGUGACUUAAAAAAGCACUACUCUAAACUGAUAUGUAUGAAAAUGUGUUUAUUUUCUAUUUGUUUUUCUAUUUUAUGACAGUUUUCUCGACCUUUUCUCGCCUUUUAACUGUAUUUUUAAAAGUGUUGUCAUAAUCUCCUGAAUGUUACUUUUUAAAAAAAGACUUUAUUUUAAAUAUGUUUUAUAAUUUUGUAUUUUUUAUGUCAAUCAUAAAAAUGGUAACACCCAACAAA